AUGCAGGUUGUAAGAAGGAUCCCAUCAGGAGAAGGUGUAGAGAUGCGUCAAAGAUCCGAUACGAACCGGGUCAGACGGAGGAGUCACGGGUCGGGUUUGAGAGUUCGAGCUGCUUGCACGUGCUCCGGACGGCCUGGUUCUGCCAAGUGCCUACGUCACGGGUUUAUGGUGCCAAGCGAUGAGAAGCUUAAGAGGAGAGGAGCGAGUGAUGGAAGCAGAGAAGUGUUGCGGAGGGCUUUGACGCCUCCGAUCCGGCGGAUGAAUCUCCGGUGGUUGAAUUUCCGGCCAACACCUAGCCGACUCUGUAAAAUGUCUUCCGUUUGA